CACAUAGAUGCCUCGACAUUCCAAAAACAAUACAGCUUCUAGUGUAUUUACAUACCAUGAAUCUAAAAGACUUGAAUAUGGAACAAAAAGACAACGUUUAGGACGAGAUUCUUUUCGAAAUUAUGAUGCUUGUUUUCUUUGUCUUCAAACUGCAAGAGAUCCAGUCUGUUGUGGAGAAGGUCAUUUAGCUUGUCGCGAAUGCAUGUAUGAAUCUAUUUUACAACAAAAGCAAACGAUCAAACAAGAGCAAAAACGUUUAGAGCUAAAACAACAAGAGAUGGAAAACAAAAGGCAAGAAGAAGAAAUGGAAGCAAAACGAGUUCUUUUGGAUAAGUUCGAUAAAACACAACAUAGUGUCUUGGGUGAUCGUCGAGUGACGAUUAAAGAUGAACUAAAAGAUGAUGAAAAGAAGGGUCAAAAACGUAAAUUUGAAUUAUCAGAGGAUGAAAUUCGUUCAAUAGCGGAAAAGGACAUUGAAAAGACAGCUCUUGAAUUGAGAAAAGAGAAGGAAGAGGCUGCCAAGCCAAAACUUGGCUCUUUUUGGGUGCCUUCAGUUACUCCUAAUGCUAUGAACAAUCUUACAAUAGAACAACCGACCAAGACACAAGUGACUUGUACUGCAGUCGAAAAGGAGCAUCCUCUCAGUAUUAAAUCAUUGAUAGAUGUCAAAUUUCAAACAGAAGAUACUAAUAAAGACAAGAAAAUAUGUCCUGCCUGUCUAAAGACGUUAACAAAUGCUUCAAAAUUAUCUGUGUUACGUAAUUGUGGUCAUGUUAUUUGUAAUCAUUGUAUCAAAAUGUUUGUUGCUAAAUCGAAAACAUGUUAUGUCUGUGAAAAGAAAACAAAAACUAAGGAUAUUAUUGAUAUGAGUCCAGAAGGUACUGGCUUUGCUAGUGCAAGCACAAAGGCCGUAGCCGAAAAAUUUACUGUAGCUUUCCAAUAACAUAACAUAUUUUUAUUACACAAUUUUAUAUACUUUUUUUUUUCUUUUCUUUUCUUUUCUU